GCACGCCUGCCUACACAACUCUUUAAGGUUUAGCGGUAGCGAUAAACUUACACCGAAAUGAUUUAACUAAGUAACUUGUGUAGUCGCAGAACCUAUUUUGGAAAAAACGUCACGGCUUUAUGGAUAUUGUUAGUCUACGGUUAUUUACCUAUCAAUGUCAAAUUCUUAUAAAUAAAAACAAAUCAAUCAUAAAUAAAGUAAAAGUAAAUCAUAAUGAAUGUGUAAAGUAUUACUGAAUAGUCCUGUCACCUUGAAUAUGAACGGGAGGUUCCAUUCAAUUGUGUUUCAACAUAGUGGGCUGCUCAAACAAGUUGUAUACUCACAUAGGAUCCGUAACAAGUCCGUCAUCCUCUCGUACAAAAUACUUGGCGAAGGUGCGGCAGAAGAACCGCCUAUCUUUCUACUUCACGGAUUAUUGGGAAACAAAAAGCAAUGGGAAUCCAUAGGAAAGAUUAUAUUCAGCCUCACAAAAAGAUCGGUAGUGGCCGUAGAUUUACGAAAUCAUGGUGAUAGUCCGCAUACGAGUUGUCACAAAUACGAAGACAUGGCUACAGACAUUACGAACUUAUUUGAAAAGUUAGGCGUUGAACAAGCAAGCUUACUCGGUCAUAGCAUGGGAGGGAAGACAGCGAUGUGUCUAGCUCUAUUGUCGCCUGUAAAAGUAACUGGUAUACUAGUUGUUGAUAUAUCUCCUGUGUCCAUGUCAGUACACUACAGAGAUGAUUACCCGAAAAUAUUGGCUGCGAUGAAAGCUGUUGAUUUUAAAAAGACAAGAAAAGAGAAUCUUGCUAAGAGAGAAGCUAAGAAUCAAUUGAAAACUGUAAUAUCUGACGAUUACCUGCUAAAUGGUAUUAUAUCGAAUAUUAAAAUAAAAGCAGACAACACAAUCGGUUGGACAGCCAAUAUAGACACACUGAUGAAACAUAUCUAUUUUAUGGCUGACUUUCCCAGAUCCUUGAAAGGGAAAAAAUACUUUGGGCCGACGUUAUUCAUCGGAGGACAGUUGUCGGAGUUGAUUCCGCCCGAUGACUUACCAGAUAUUCGAGAUUUAUUUCCAAGGGCAGUGGUUACGUACAUUCCCAAGACACGCCAUCAUGUCCAUAUUGAUGAUCCGACGUCUUUUUUGGAGUUAACCAUAUCUUUUAUCAGAACCAAUCACUAUAAACGCAAUUUCAGCCCACCCCCCGCUUUGUCUUAAUCUUAUGUUAGCUAAACAUUGUUAAUAAGUGUAUUAUUACAAAUAUUUUACAUCA